UGCCUUGGAAGGCGAGUUUUUACCAUUGCAGCACAAAGGACAGCGGAGCGCGAUUUCACAUCCUCGCAACUCCAGUCACUCGACCAGCUCUAUACUUCAGCACCACGGAGAGCGGCACCUCCUCGGCUACUACCCAUGGGGAGCCAGAUUACUGCGACUCAACACCGGAUUCCGGUCAUUUAGAGGAGGGACAAGUCUGCGUAUUUCACCCUCAAUGUUGGGGAGCAGCGCCUUCAAAAACAUGCAGCGCCGGCACACGACACUGAGGGAGAAGGGCCGCCGCCAGGCCAUCCGGGGUCCCGCCUACAUGUUCAAUGAGAAAGGCACCAGCCUUACGCCCGAGGAGGAGCGUUUCCUGGACUCGGCAGAGUAUGGCAACAUCCCAGUGGUCAGAAAAAUGCUGGAGGAGUCCAAGACCCUCAACUUCAACUGCGUGGACUACAUGGGGCAGAACGCGCUGCAGCUGGCCGUGGGUAAUGAGCAUCUGGAAGUCACAGAGCUGCUGCUCAAGAAGGAGAACCUGGCACGGGUCGGCGACGCGCUGCUGCUGGCCAUCAGCAAGGGCUACGUGCGCAUCGUGGAGGCCAUCCUCAACCACCCAGCCUUUGCGCAGGGCCAGCGCCUGACGCUCAGCCCGCUGGAGCAGGAGCUGCGUGACGACGACUUCUACGCCUACGACGAGGACGGCACGCGCUUCUCUCAUGACAUCACACCCAUCAUCCUGGCGGCCCACUGCCAGGAGUAUGAGAUCGUGCACAUCCUCCUGCUCAAGGGCGCACGCAUUGAGCGGCCCCACGACUACUUCUGCAAGUGCAACGAGUGCACCGAGAAGCAGCGCAAGGACUCCUUUAGCCACUCGCGCUCGCGCAUGAAUGCCUACAAGGGACUGGCAAGUGCCGCCUACUUGUCUCUGUCCAGUGAAGACCCUGUUCUCACCGCGCUGGAGCUAAGCAAUGAGUUAGCCAGACUAGCCAACAUUGAGACUGAAUUCAAGAAUGAUUACAGGAAGUUAUCUAUGCAAUGCAAGGACUUUGUGGUGGGAGUGCUGGACCUAUGCCGAGACACAGAAGAGGUGGAAGCGAUUUUAAACGGUGAUGUGAACUUACAAGUCUGGUCCGACCACCACCGUCCGAGUCUGAGCCGGAUCAAACUUGCCAUUAAAUACGAAGUCAAGAAGUUCGUUGCUCAUCCUAACUGUCAGCAGCAAUUGCUUACCAUGUGGUAUGAAAACCUGUCAGGCUUACGUCAACAGUCUAUCGCUGUGAAAUUCCUGGCUGUCUUUGGAGUCUCCCUAGGCCUCCCUUUUCUCGCCAUAGCCUAUUGGAUUGCUCCGUGCAGCAAGCUAGGACGAACCCUGAGGAGUCCUUUCAUGAAAUUUGUAGCCCAUGCAGUUUCUUUUACAAUCUUCUUGGGAUUGUUAGUUGUGAACGCAUCUGACCGCUUCGAAGGUGUUAAAACCCUACCCAACGAAACCUUCACAGACUACCCAAAACAGAUCUUCAGAGUGAAAACCACACAAUUCUCCUGGACAGAAAUGCUCAUCAUGAAGUGGGUCUUAGGAAUGAUCUGGUCUGAAUGCAAGGAAAUCUGGGAGGAGGGGCCGCGGGAGUACGUGCUGCACCUGUGGAACCUGCUGGAUUUCGGGAUGCUGUCCAUCUUCGUGGCCUCCUUCACAGCGAGGUUCAUGGCCUUCCUGAAGGCCAGCGAGGCCCAGCUGUACGUCAACCAGCACGUGCAGGACGACUCGCUACACAACGUCUCGCUUCCGCCGGAAGUGGCGUACUUCACCUACGCCAGGGACAAGUGGUGGCCUUCAGACCCUCAGAUCAUAUCAGAAGGGCUGUAUGCAAUAGCUGUCGUGCUGAGCUUCUCUCGAAUCGCGUACAUCCUGCCAGCCAACGAGAGUUUUGGGCCCCUGCAGAUCUCCCUGGGGAGAACUGUGAAAGAUAUCUUCAAGUUCAUGGUCAUUUUCAUCAUGGUAUUUGUGGCCUUCAUGAUUGGGAUGUUCAACCUAUACUCCUACUACCGAGGUGCAAAGUACAACCCAGCGUUUACAACAGUUGAAGAAAGUUUUAAAACCUUAUUUUGGUCCAUCUUUGGCUUGUCUGAAGUGAUCUCGGUGGUGCUGAAAUAUGACCACAAAUUCAUCGAGAACAUCGGCUACGUUCUCUACGGCGUUUAUAACGUCACCAUGGUGGUAGUGCUGCUCAAUAUGCUAAUAGCCAUGAUCAACAACUCUUAUCAGGAAAUUGAGGAGGAUGCAGACGUGGAGUGGAAAUUUGCCCGAGCAAAGCUCUGGCUGUCUUAUUUUGAUGAAGGAAGAACUCUACCUGCUCCUUUUAAUCUAGUGCCAAGCCCUAAAUCAUUUUAUUAUCUCAUAAUGAGAAUCAAGAUGUGCCUCAUAAAACUCUGCAAAUCUAAGGCCAAAAGCUGUGAAAAUGACCUUGAAAUGGGCAUGCUGAAUUCCAAAUUCAGGAAGGCUCGCUACCAGGCUGGCAUGAGGAAUUCUGAAAAUCUGACAGCAAAUAACACUUUCAGCAAGCCCACCAGAUACCAGAAAAUCAUGAAACGGCUCAUAAAAAGAUAUGUCCUGAAGGCCCAGGUGGAUAGAGAAAAUGACGAAGUCAAUGAAGGCGAACUGAAGGAAAUCAAGCAGGAUAUCUCCAGCCUGCGCUAUGAGCUUCUGGAAGAGAAAUCUCAAGCCACCGGCGAGCUGGCCGACCUGAUCCAACAGCUCAGUGAGAAAUUUGGGAAGAAUUUAAACAAAGACCACCUGAGAGUGAACAAGGGCAAAGACAUUUAGAGCUCACGUCGGCAUCUGUGACUUCUACCAGCAUUCCAAGGCCAAGUUGGAUGCCCUGGUCACCAGCCCUGGCAGGGAGAGGUCCCAGGCCCACUCCUCUAGGACAGUAAAGGGACCCACUGGCUCUGUCCUGAGCAGCCUUG